AUGUAUGGAAAGCAGAAAUCUAGCAAUCCUGCAAAGGAUUUUGAUAUAAACGACAUUGACGAUCUGCUCAACUCGACCAUGAAAGAUGUCGAUGAAGACUUGGACAUGAACGACCCCGAAUUGUUGAAACAACUGCAAGAGAUUUCAUCCUCUACUGCUACAGCGAAACCCAAGAAGAAGCCAGUACCAGUCAGAAAAGCACCACUACCAACUCAAAACAUGGAGAUUGAUAUUGAUUCUUAUGCAGCCUUAGCUCAAGGCGAUGAAGACAUUGAGGUGGAGUUGGAUGAGAGAGAUUUCCAGGACCCACAUCUACUGAAUGAACUUUCAUCGCUUUCAAAUGCAGUAUCUCAGGAGCCAGUGGCACCACUUGGACCUGAGGCAAAGGAGUUGAUGAAUAUGGGAUUUACUCAAAAGCAGGCUUUGAAAGCACUGGAUAUGUUUGAUAAUAACCUGGAGCGAGCAGCCAACUAUUUGUUUGAUUCACCACCUGUUGACGAGGAAGAAGAGGUUGAAGCGGAUGAAGCGCAACAGCCACAAGCACUACCACCACCACAUCCUCCUCGCAAGUCUUCUGUUAAUCAAGCCAUGAUGACAGAGCAACAAGAUGAUACUCAAGAUGGCGUUGAAGAACAAGAAGAAGAGUCUAUUGACCCAGAAUUCUGGAAGGCAAAGGCUCAGGAGUAUCAAAAGUUGGCGUUGCAAGCGAAGCGAGACGGUGAUAAAAAGAGGGCAGUUGCAUUACUGCGUGAAUCGAAAAACUUUACUCAGAAGCACCAAGAUUUGCUGGAGAUUCAUGGAGCGUCAAAUGAACUCAUGGAUACGGAUCAGCCUCCUGCCAAAUCCUCGCCAGAACCAGCUCCAUCUCGAGAAUUACAGCAACAGCAACGCACGCCACCAUCUGAACCAGCGAAACCUGCUACUUCACCACCACCACCACCCCAGCAAGAACAAGAACAACCGGCAUCUCAGCGAGCUGCUGCUACUACCAACAAUUUGCAGCAGGUUCAGGACCUCCUCGGUAAAGUGAUCAGCUUGCAAAAGCAGUACAAGGAGGCUGCCAUCUACUAUAAGGGCUUGGGAAACCUUGCUGCCGCAAAGCACAUGGUGCGCACUUCAAAGGAGCUACUGCACACUGGUAUUCGCCUCAAGAAUGGCGAAAUUGUCGAACUUGACACAGUGCGUUUACCAGAAGAACCAGACAUGUCGCUAGGAGAUGGCAAAAUACGUCAAGUGGAGCCCAUUUUACGAGGACCCAACGUAACUUCAUUCGAUCAAAUUGAGGCACAAUUGAGAUACCAAAUGAACGUAUGCCACAACCUGUCUAUUCAGCACGCCUUAUCUGCUGCUCGCGGUAAAGCCAUUAAUAAGACAUUGGCGAACUCACAACAACAAGAUGCGUAUGCCAGAACAGAAGAAGCCAUUUCCGCAGAUUUGGUAUCACUCCAUGCAACAAAGCCCAACAUACCCCCUCUACACUAUGAGCAAGUAGAUUAUACAUACAAAAACUUGCUGGACACGAUACCUGACAAUAUGAUGGAGUUCAAGAUCAUCAAGGCCAUCAGUUUACCUACCUUGGACAUUUCUACCAACUUGGAGCCUUUUGUCACCUGGGAUUUCGGCGGUUGGCCGCCUGAGAACACAGCGCAAGCAGCCAUGAACAAGGGAGAAACAUCUGUGGUGUCAGGCAUCAAUCCAGAGUUCGACUUUACCCUUCAAAUACCCAUCAGUCGAACCAAUCGAUUGUUUCAGCGUUAUGUUCAGCGAAAGAAAUUGACCAUUGAAGUGUUUCACAACAAGUAUACCUAUGGUUUGUUUAGAAGACCUGUGUCUCUUGGUAAAGUGGUGAUUCCUAUGGACCGAUUAUUGACCAAGUCAUCCAUUGCAGGUGCCUUUGAUUUGCUGGAUGGCAGUAGAAAAAAGACAGGUGGCAAAAUAGAUAUCCAAGUGAAUUUGAGAGAGCCAUUGACAGGUGAAGACAUUGCCAAAAGAUCAGAGCGUUGGUUGGUGUUAGAUGCAUUUGGAAGCACCGUGUCAGAGUGCUUGUCGUUGGCUCAUUUGACCGUGGGUGGCCCUCAGCAUCCACCUUCCUCAUCCCCUCAAAUACGACAGGCUGACCCUGUAACACCCAAUACACCUGCAGAGGAAAUCCCAGUUACUACGACUCAACUUGAAGCGUCUGUUGAAAAGCAGCAACCCACCCAAGCAGAGCAAUCAGCUGCAUCUGAUAACAGUGAAUUAGAGGCAGCUGAAGAAGAGUUUAAUAGCGUGGAUAACAUUGUCUCCAACAUGGUUAUGGAGCAUGAACUCAAUCUCGUCAAUUCCAAUUUAGCAUCAAAAUCCGGCAAACAGCAAAAAGAUGAUAUGCAGGAUCGAAAGCAAGCAUUGGAAAUCAAGAUGAAUAUGCUUGUCAUUCAAGUUCAAACAGGCAUUUUAGACAUGGAUACGUAUUUGGAGAAUGUACAAAAAAGAAUGGAUGCAGAUCGACGCUUGGCCAUUGUAUUCAAGAAGCAUAACCGACUGGAUCUGGCCAAGGCGGCUUUGGUGCGUAAAAAGAUCAUGCAGGAUGAGUUGGAUGAGGCAAGAGCAGCCAUGGCAGAAGGAAAUGACGAGUAG